CAGCAGCGCUAAGUGACGUGAUGGCUACCGAGCCAGUUUAUCUUUAGGAUUUCUACGGACCGCUUGGGUUAAUACGGUGCAACUUCAAAAUGAAAUUAACUCGGAGCCUUGUUCUCUCACGGGCCAAAGCGUCGGACCUUGAAAGCAUAAAAAAGUUUAAUUGCUGGGGCUGCAACCUGACAGAUAUCUCAAUAUUCACUGAAAUGCCAAAUGUUGAAGUCUUAACAUUAAGUGCCAAUAAUAUAUCCACUCUGGAGCACAUUGCCAGUUGCCAGAAUCUGAGCGAGCUCUACCUGAGGCGGAACAACAUCAAGAGUCUCUCAGAGCUGAGCCAUCUUAAAAAUCUCACCUGUCUCAAAGUCCUGUGGCUGGCAGAGAACCCAUGCUGUGGCAUAGACCCCAUAAAGUAUCGUUUGACUGUGCUGAGGAACCUGCCUGGUCUGCAAAAACUAGACAACCAGGUUGUGACUGAAGAAGAACUUGCUCUUGCUUUGGAAGACAGAGAGGAAGCGAUCAAUCCUCCAGGUCCUGCCACCGCCAGUUCUUCCAAUGGCCUCCCAGAUGCAGAGUCAGAAUACGACCAUCUCAAUUACAGCAUGGAGGAGACAGAUAAAAACGCUGCACAGCUUGGGAUGAAGCCAGUGUCUGGAGAUAAAUUUUCACCUUCACGAGAAUCAGUUACCUCCCUGAAAAAAAAGAGUCACACUCUGGAGGCUGUGUUGCUCCUGCUGAAGGACCUGGAUGUGGAGGAGCUGAAAACUGUUCAGUGUGCCACAGAGAACAAACUCAGGGCUCACAGUAGGCAGAAAGAGAAAAAAACAAUUGUUCAGCACUGAAACAAGAGCUAAUUAUUACUUCAUGCAGAACUACAGACAUUGUUGACAGGGUAUAAUAUUUACAGACAUUGUUUACAGGGUAUUAAAAAACACCCUGCUCAGCAACAAAUGCAAGACAGGUAAAAAAAAAUAAGUGGAAAAACAACAUGAAGUUAGAUAGUAAUCCAUCAAACAUUAAGUAAUAGCCUUGGUGUUGCACAGGAAGGAUGAACACCAUUUGUCUAAAAGAUCAAUUCAGUUGGUGUCAUGAUGAUCGUGGUGGAGUCUCACACAUUACCACAAAGUCAUAUAAAAGACAUAAGUGUUCACCUGGGUUCAGAUCGGACAAGCAUGAAGGCUACAGUAUGUGAUUCAAAUCAUUUUCAUACCCACCAACCUUUCAGUGCCCUGUGAUUGGAAGUGGGCUCCUCCUGAAACAGACCAGUCCCAUUAAGAUAGAAAUGAUUCUUCAUUUCUAAAGGUGAUUAGUCAGAAAAGGGUGAAAUGGACAAACCAUGCCUACACAAAUAAUUAAAAACCUACACAACAUGGGAGAGUCACUGUUAAUAUGUCAGUAAUGUGUAUGUAUAGCUACACUCUAUGGCCAUAAUUAUGUGGACAUAAGACCACCCCAUAUAUGCCUGCUGAAUAUCCCAUUCCAGAUUUAGAUUAAGCUCCACUCUUCUGAGAAUGGCUUUACUCUAGAUUUUGGAGUGUGGAUGUUGACAUUUAGUCAUUCAGCCAGAAGAGCUUUAGUGAGGUCAGAUGCUGAUGUAGAAUGAGUCCUGGGCUCUGUGCAGGAAUUUGUGUCUCUCGCUCCAUUGUAGGAAAACUGUAAUGCUACAAUACACAAAAUGCAUCCUAUGCAGUUGUGUGUGUUUCCAACUUUGAGGCAGAAAUUUGAGGGGAAAUUCUGGGUGUGAUGUCAGGUGUCCUCAGAUGUUUGGCCAUAUUGUGUAAGGUAUUUAGGUUUAAAACUAGUUUCUAAGAAACUGCUGUUUUACAGGCAUGAUCAGUGUAAGAAAACAAUUCUAGCUUCUGCAUUACUGUUAAUUUAGCAUUUCCUGUACCUGCCAAACAUAUUUAAGCUUAUAUAUUGUAUUGGGGUCUGAUUAGCAUCUGAUUGUUACCAGAUUACUUGCUUGUGUAUUAUUCUGAUAUUGUAGGAAAACCCUGUGAAUGGAAAUGUAAAUUUACUGAACAUAUUUUUGUAUAGAAAUAAAUUGCAAUGCAUCACAUUUAUUACAUA